GCGUGCCACGGGGCACGGCUGGCUGGUCACCGAGGUCCCCAGCCCCUUGCAGAGACCAGGGCGACGUGGCCCGGGCGCCUGGAUGCGGGGACGUCGAGAGACCCGUGGUGGGCACGGGGGGCCCCGGGCGGUCCCCGGGGGCGGGCUGAGAGGAGGGACCCUGUUCAGGGGAGCGGUGGGCACAGGCCCCCUCGUGCCCCGGGCUGCCGUCCGCCACCCGCCUCCACCUCCAGGCUGGCGCCGUGCCAUCCCUGACGGGGCCAGGCCUCUUGGCUGCUAGCGUGGGGAUGGCAGCCCGUGCGGUGCCCCCGUUCCUGCGUAGGGGGGGUGGGGGGCCGUGCGCCGGCCUGGCCUGAGCCGACGGGCGCCGCCGCUCUGCGCAGGUUACUGGAAGACUACCUGGAGGCCAUCGAGGGGAUCAAGAGGCACCUGCUGCGCAAGUCAGAGCCCAGGAAGCUCACCUUCGUGGGAGAGCUCGCCCACGGCCGCUUCAGCGCCAAGAUGGACCACCUGGUGUGCUUCCUGCCAGGGACGCUGGCUCUGGGCGCCCACCACGGCCUGCCCGCCAACCACAUGGAGCUGGCCCGGGCGCUCAUGGACACCUGCUACCAGAUGAACCGCCAGAUGGAGACGGGGCUGAGCCCCGAAAUCGUGCACUUCAACCUGUACCCCCAGGGCGACCGCAAGGAUGUGCAGGUCAAGGUGAGUCUGGGCCGGGGUCUGGGCCCAGCUCAGCCCGUGUCCCUCUCUCCCCUGGCGGCGGAGCUCAGCCCGCGUCCCCCCGUCACCUUUGCCGGUUGAGCUCACUCCGUGC